GCCUCCAUAGGCCAUAGCGUUGACCAAACCCGGUCCGAAACCAACCCGCCAAAAUGCCCUCGUUCCGGCGGCUCGGCCUCCGGCCUGUUUUGGUUUGGGGUUUUAUAUUUCAGAGCCACCUUCCCCAUCUUCCCCCCGUCCAUUUCUUCGGUCCCAAGUUCGUGCGAUUCCUGCUUCUAUAGCGGCGUCCCAUCGCCUUGGCCUCUGAACGAGGAGAUGGCUUCGAGGGUUCUUUCUCGAAUUCCGAGGACGAAGGCGCAGCUCCUUCUAGUUCGCGCUACCUUGCACCCGAAGUUGCUAUAUGGUUUUUCCGAUUUCAGUCGGCCUGCUUCGAGCUUGUCUAAGGGGCUACCCAAUAAUAUGAGUCUGCUAAGACAUUCAUAUCAUAAGGAGACUAUCUUUCAAAGAUUCGGCUAUUCAUCUUCUGCAUCUCCUCAAGCCACCGAGAAGGAGAGGAGGAUCCCAUCUGAGGACCAGGAUAAUACUUCUUCAAAAGUAUCUGAACCUUCUCAAAAAACUUCUGAAGCUACGGUGGUUAGCAAAUCAACUGAAGCUAAUGGUGAUUCUACAGCUCCAGAACAAUCAAAUAGUGCAGAACUCGAAGUGUUGUCUGUUGAAGAGCUAGUAAAGCUUGUUGUUGAGAGGGACAACUUGUUGAAAAUAAAGCAAAAGGAGAAUGAAUUAAAGCAAAAGGAGAAUGAAAAGUUGCAAGAGAAAGUUCUUCGUACUUAUGCGGAAAUGGAAAAUGUUCUAGCAAGGACAAAACGUGAGGUAGAAAAUUCAAAAAAGCAUGGAAUUCAGAAUUUUGCCAAGGCUUUGCUUGAUGUUGCUGAUAAUCUUGGAAGAGCUUCUAGUGCAGUCAAAGAGAACUUUUCGAAGAUCAAUCAGACUAAUGAAAAUAUUGGGGUGACACUUUUGAAAUCUCUGUUAGAAGGUGUUGAAAUGACUGAAAAACAACUUGCAGAGGUCUUCAGACAGUUUGGUAUUCAGAAAUAUGAUCCGUUGAAUGAAAAUUUUGAUCCAAACCAACAUAAUGCAGUUUAUGAAACACCUGAUGCGUCAAAACCACCGGGAGUUGUUGCUAAUGUUUUGAAGCCGGGCUAUAUGAUACAUGACCGCGUUCUCCGUCCAGCUGAAGUUGCUGUAACCAAAUCACCUGCUGAUGCAAAUUAGAGACUCGACGCCAGUUUGCUUCCUCCUUCACCAUACAAUUUUUAUUUUUAUUUUAAUUUUUGUUUUAUUUUUGAUAUGAUGAGGCUUUAGGAUGGAUGGAUUUGGUAAUGAAAUGAAGCCACUGAUAUUUUUUUCUCAAAGUAAUGACUAUAUGUUAGCUAAAUGUGCGAAGUUUUUUGUUAUUUAUUUGGUAAUUUCUCUCUUUAGCAUGAGGAUCCUGGCCUGGCUGAAGUUUUCUUUAAGACGACUUUUCUCAAAUGAGAUAUCGCAUAAGGUACUGUAGCUUAUUUAUUCGAUGGAUUUUUAUUUUUUCUUAUAUGAAGAGAGGAAUGGUCAUUUUUGUUAU